UACGAUCGGCUCCUUGGGGGGCGGAAGGUGGGGAUCCUCAGUAGGUAUAGAACGGUCUACACUCUGUUGCGUUUAGACGCCUCAGUUGCGGAAGAAUAUCGCUCGUUUUCGGACGCAAAUCUGCAGUUUGCGAGGGACCACGCUGACUCACCGUGAAACGAUCGAAUUUUUUUUAAAAGAGAUCGCUAUAUCGAUACUUCAUUUCGGCGGUCAAUUAUUCGAACUAUAACUCUGGGUCCAUCUUGCAUCAGCGGUAGGUGGCCGCAGUUCGUGAAUUUUUUACUCGCAACAUCAUUGAUCAUACAUGAUUGAAAUAUCAUAAAUCAAGCUGCACGCGCGACAGUCGUAGUCAACCCCCAGAUUUCCUGGCGUAGGUGUUGCCUGGGUGAGACCAAGUCGAAACAUGGAGAACACGUGACCGCGUGAUAAAGUGACGGACACGAGAGACAGUGCGAGAGGAAAAAGAGUAGAUUCCGCGAGUGAGCGCGGGGGCGAGUCCAGACCGAACGAAAAAGCGAUGCCAAGAGUCGCGAGGACGAUCAAGUCACAUCGGUACCGUGCGACCCGCGAUUGAGGUCAUUGAAUUCGCUCGAAGCCACUGGUGUUAGGCGCUUGCCAGUUGCGGGCAGUCGCGACGAUUAAGUCGAGGCGAAGAUGAAGAACAACUCGAGCAACUCGAAUCACGAGAAGAACGGGCCGGAGAACCUGAAGCUAUUACAGGUGCCGACGACACCGCCCGCGACGCCGUCAUCACCCACGACGCCAACCAGAGGCCUCGAUGAUGUCUUCAAGGAGCUGCCGAUCACCGACGACACCUCGUGCGGCAUAUGGUGCCUCAAGGGUCCAACUUUGCAAAAGUUCGCCAAUAAGAAGGCAUACGUGUUUCUCUACGGUGUGCUUGGCUGCAUAUUUUCCGCAAGUUAUGCCUAUUUCAAUGGCACUAUCACUACCAUCGAGAAGAGAUUUAAAAUACCCUCGAAAACAACGGGUCUCAUCACAGUGGGUAACGACAUCUCGCAGCUUUUCGUAUCCGUCGCCCUGUCGUAUUACGCAGGAAGGGGUCACAGGCCUCGAUGGAUCGCUUUCGGUAUUUACACCGUUGUACUUUUCUGUUGUCUUACGAUGCUGCCACAUUUUCUCUAUGGACCUGGCGAGGAUGCCCUAUCCCUGACUAAGGAAUAUGGAGCGCAAAGUACGCUAAACACAAGCACGAUUCUUGAAAAACAUUCACGAAAAUUUCUGUGUAUGGGCAAAGAAAAUCGCGGAAUGGAUUGCGAAGUUGAAGAUGGAAACUUCGCGCCACAGGUGCUCCUCUUCAUAGCCCAAUUAGUAUCCGGAGUGGGUGGUUCCCUUUAUUAUACUCUCGGUGUGUCGUACAUGGACGACAACAUACAAAAGUCGAAAACGCCGGCAUUGAUCAGCUUCUCGUACUUUCUGCGAAUGCUGGGACCCGCCAUUGGUUACGGACUAGCUUCAUUCUCCUUGAAAUUCUACAUCAGUCCAACUUUAACUCCUACUAUCACGAUGCAAGACCCAAGGUGGUUAGGCGCUUGGUGGUUAGGAUGGAUUAUUUUGGCCAUUCUCCUCGCCAUUUUCGCAAGUAUAAUCGCUCUCUUUCCAAAAACGCUGCCGAGAGCGGCCGCUCGCAAAGUCUUAGCUCUGGAACGCAACAAAUCGGCUGCGAGCAUCAAGGAGCAAGAAUCGGAGCUACCGGCGUCAAUCUCGGAUAUGUUGAGGACGUUUAAGCGCCUGAUAACGAACACGACUCUAAUGUGUAAUAAUCUGGCGACAGUCUUCUAUUUCAUGGGCUACAUGCCUUACUGGAUCUUUAUGCCGAAGUACAUUGAGACUCAGUAUAAGCAAUCAGCGUCUGUCUCGUCAUUGAUUACCGGCACAGUCGGUUUGGUAUUCAGUGCCUUUGGGAUUUUAUUGUCCGGUCUGGUCAUCUCCAAGUACAAGCCGAAGGCUAGGUACCUGGCGGCGUGGAAUGUCAUGAUUGGCAUUAUAUCAAUACUGGGAAUGAUCUCUUACGCCUUUCUCGGUUGCUCAGCGAAUGACAACCAGAUUGCUAUUCAGCCGAAUGGUGUAUUGAAAACACAACUACCCUGCAACGAACAGUGUCACUGCGACUACGUUGAAUAUAAUCCUGUGUGCUCCGAUAACGGACAAACGUUUAUAUCCGCAUGUCAUGCUGGCUGCCGCAGUAUGAAGCUUUACAGUAACGGCAGCAAAGUAUAUACGGACUGUAAUUGCGUAAAACCAAAAUUGGCUCGUUCCUUGGCGCAUCCGUUUUCCAACAUCACAUCCUUCCCAUUCUUUACCGAAGUUCCAUUGGAAACGACCGAACCCACCGUGGAAACUUUGGGAACGGCUAUUCCGGGUUCGUGUCCAGUCGACUGUAUGCAGAAGUUCUACAUCUUUCUGACGGUGGUGUGUUUUUUGAAGUUUAGCGGCGCAACCGGAAGAGGGUCGAAUUUGCUGCAUUUGGGCUUCGGAUUAAUGAUAAUGAGCCUUUUUGCUUUCAUACCAUCGCCUAUUUUGUUUGGAUUUAUAUUAGACAAUACUUGUCUCGUAUGGGGUAAGACUUGUUCAGGGACGGGAAAUUGCUGGCUGUAUAAUGGUGAGGCAUUGAGGUAUUUGCUGAAUUUCACCGCGGCUAGUUUUGUAACGAUCGGUACAGUAUUCGAUGUGGGCGUUUGGUAUUUCGUCAAAGACGUGAAGAUCUUUGACGAGGAGAUUGAACUAGAAGAUAUAGCUGAGGAGCCUGGUGAGACGCUUUAAAGAAUAAUUGAUGAUCGAGUUCAAUCACCCUUUCGGGGUAAACGUUUACGCGUGAAGAGAGACUUCGAUC